AUGUCCCGCAUCGCAGCCUGGGCCGCCCGCACCGCGACGCUCAACCGCGCCGGCGCGCUCGCGCGCGCCUCGACCCCCUCGCUUUCGAGCCUGUCCCAGUGCGCAGCCGCCGCCGCGGCCGCGAAGAACGCCAGCGUCGGCAUGGACCUCCAGGACGAGGCCGGCGAGGGAUACCACGCCGUGCCGGCCUUCACCUUCAAGCCGUCGUCUGCUGCGGCUGUCUCUCUGAGCGGCUCGGCGGGCUCGGUGCGCCUGUAG